CCGGUGACUGCCUGGAGGAGGGGGAAUGGCGCCCAUGUUCCUGGUGGCCAGCGCCCUCCAGGGUGCCGUGACAUUCGGGGACGUGGCCGUGGACUUCACCCCAGACGAGUGGGGGUGCCUGGACCCUGCCCAGAAGGAGCUGUACCGGGAGGUGAUGCUGGAGAACUACGGGAACCUGGUGUGCCUGGGACUCGAAGUUUCCAAACCACACGUGAUCCAGCGGUUGGAGCGCAGGGAAGCGCCUUGGAUGCUGCAGGGAGGUGGCCCAGGGAGCUGGGCUCCAGAUUGGGAGACUACACUUGAAACCAUGGAUUCAUAUCUAAAGCUGGACCUCUCCAGGGAAGAUUCUUUCCAGGAAAGACUCAGGAGGGAUGGUGUUGCUGCCUUCAAAUUGAGAAAGGCCUUCAGUUUUGAUGCGAGGUCAGAAAGGCAGCAGGUUAAUGAGGAGAAAUCUCUUCAGCAAACAAAAUUCAUCCAAAGCAAACUUCCCCAUGAAGUACAAGGGCGUGAAUAUAAUAAAUAUGGCAAAAACUUCAGUCUAGGACCAAUCAUUUUUCCACAACAGAGUAUAACUAUAGGAAACAGUCUACAUCGACGUGAUAUGGACCAGAGGAGCUUUAACUUGUAUUCUGACAUCAGAAGUUUUAACCAAAUCUGUGUUAAACAGGUAUUUUCUAAGUAUAACGAAUUUCAGCAUUCCUUUAGUUACAAUUCAGACCUUACUGAGAAUUGUGUGAUACGUUCUACGGGGAAACCCCAUGAACAUAAUGAAUGUAACACCUUAUUCCUGAACUCACAGCUUCAAAGAAGUCAUACUGGAUGGGAACCUUAUGAAUCAAACAAAUGUGGGAAGGCCUUCAGUAAGAACUCAGAGUUUCUUGAGCACCAGUCACUUCAGAGGGGAGAGCAGCCUUUUGAAGUUAAUGAAUAUGUAAAGCUCCUGCCAAGUACAAAUCAUACUGAACAGCAAUUAGUUCAUGCUGGAGAGAUACCUUGCAAAUGUGAUAAAUGCAGUAAAGCAUUUUUCUUGAACUCACAACUUAAUGUACAUCAGAGAAUGCACACUGGAGAAAAACGUUUUAAAUGUAACGAGUGUGGCAAAGUCUUCCGCCAGAAAGCAAAACUUAAUAUCCAUAUAAGAAUUCAUACUGGAGAGAAACCUUUUGAAUGUAACGAGUGUGGAAAGGCCUUCCGUGAGAGCUCAGACCUUACUCUACAUCAGAGAAUCCACACUGGAGAGAAGCCUUAUAAAUGUAGUGAAUGUGGGAGGGCCUUCAGGCGAAGCAAAAAUCUGACUCUUCAUUGGAGAAUUCACACCGGAGAGAGACCUUUUGAAUGCAAUGAAUGUGGGAAAGCUUUUCGCCAGAGCUCAGACCUUUCUCAACAUCAGAGAAUUCAUACUGGAGAGAAGCCUUAUGAAUGUAAGGAAUGUGGAAAUGUCUUCCGACAGAGUUCACACCUUAUUCUACAUCAGAGAAUUCAUACUGGAGAGAAACCAUAUGAAUGUAAUGAGUGUGGAAAGGCCUUUCGCCUGGGCUCACAACGUAAUGUACAUCAGAGAAUUCAUACUGGUGAAAAACCAUAUGAAUGUAAUGAAUGUGGGAAGGCCUUUCGCAAGAGCUCAUACCUUACUCAACAUCAGAGAAUUCAUACUGGAGAGAAACCAUAUAAAUGUAGCGAAUGUGGGAAGUCCUUUAAUCGACGUAGAAACCUUACUUUCCAUCAGAGAAUUCACACUGGUGAGAAACCUUAUGAAUGUAAUGAGUGUGGAAAAACCUUCACCUCAAACAGAAACCUUACUCUUCAUCAGAAAGUUCAUACCGGGAAGACAACAUAAAAACUUAAUGUUUUUGAGAAAUGCCUCACUGCAGAUAAGAUUUUACUGAGGAUUGGAGAAUUCAUCAUGGAGGGCAAUCUCAUCGGUGGGAAAAUAGUUGGAAGAUCUCCCACCAUAGCACAAAGCUUACUAAACCUUAGUCAGUUCAUACUGUAAUGGAACCAUAUAAAUCUAGUGAAUGGGAGAGGGCACAUCCUUUGUUCAAAGUUAGUGCACACCAGAGAAUUCACAGUGGAAUUCCUUAGGAAUGGAAUGGCUAGGAAGUUCUGCCAGAACUGCCUCCUCCCCUCUGUAGCAGAAUUCAUAUUUAGAGGAACCUGAAUGGGAAGAGCCCACCAUCCAAAGCAGAACCCUUAAUCCUUAGGGAAUUCACCCUAGAGUGCAUCUAUAUGAAUAAUCACUCGUUUAGCAAGCAUUUCUUAAGACAAGUCAGGUACUAUGCGGAUUCCUAGAGAUUAAAAAAGAAAAAGAAGCAAAAGUCCCUCUAUUCAAGAAGCUCAUAUCUUAUUGGGGAGAUAUCACACAAAUAGCUGUAUAUUUGCCAGAAUAGUUGGAAGGUAACUAUAGAAAGAAAAGAGCAGCUGGAGGAGGCUGCCGUGUGGAGAAGCCCCUGUUUAUGAGGUGGCAUUUUGAGCUGAAUCCAGAAGGAAGACAUUCUGAGGUGAACGGGGAGCUGUGGAAGGUGGACAUUCUUGGCACAGAGUGAGAACUAGUGCAGUGACAUGCAAGUAAGAGGUGGAGUUUCAUGUGUGAGAAAUAGCAAUUAGGCCAGUGUGUCUGGUCUAGGAGGUACAGAAAAGAUAGUAAUGGGUAAGAAGGCUGGUGAAGUGGGAAGAAGCCAGGUUGUGAAGAGCUUUACGUUUCAGAGGAAUUACUGUUUGCUCCUGGCUAUAAUAAGGAUCCAUUAGAUAUUUGGGGCUCAGGGUAGGAAAGAUGGAUGUACCAUUCUCAAAAUUGUCCUUUUGGGAAAUAAUUUUGGUUGCAGUUGAGUCAAUUGACUGGGGAGGAACUAGACGCAAGGACUGCAAUUAGGAGGCAACUGCAGAAUCCAGAGGUUAGGAGUGCCUGGAUGUGGGUUACCCUUCAUGUGAGUGGAGAGAAGGGGAACUAUUUGACAGAUGGUGUGGGAACUGGACAGACAGGAUUUAGCAGCUCUGAAUAUGGAG